UUACGUCAUAUUGGCAAUACUUUCGAUAAUUGCUAGUGAUAAAAUGAACAGAGUCUGAUAGUCUAAAUAUUGAACAGUUAUUUUCAAGACUAACCUUUGUUUCAUAAUUGGUAGUCAAAAAUGUCAGCUGUUCUUUUAAAGAACUCUAUUCAAUCAUCCAAAUUACAAACAAUACAUUUUGCAAGUAUUAUUGUACAAGGAAAUAAUUAUUCCGAUCAGCCACGUAUUAUUAAAAAUCCAACUACAGCCUCUUUAAAGAGAGGUACAGGAGGUCGUUCUUCUUUCAAUGGAAUAGUAUGUACAAUCUUUGGUAAUACCGGCUUCGUUGGACGGUAUCUGUGUAAUCGUCUUGGGAAGAUUGGAACACAGUUGAUCCUUCCACAUCGAUCAGAUUUUUAUUUCAGUAAGCACCUUAAACUUUGUGGAGAUCUUGGACAAGUACUUUUCCAUCCGUUUGAUUUACGAGACGAAGAAUCUAUCUUCAAAUGCAUGAAAUAUUCAAAUGUAGUUGUUAAUUUAAUAGGUAAAGAUUGGCCAACAAAAAAUUUCUCUUAUGAGGAUGUACAUGUAGAAGGAGCAAGACGAAUUGCUAAGAUUGCUAAAAAAGUUGGCGUGGAACGUUUAAUUCACGUUUCCUCUUUAAAUGCGUCUCCUAAUCCUAAGCCAUUAGUUCUGAAAAAAGGCUCGCAGUUUUUAAAAACAAAAUGGGAAGGUGAAUGUGCUGUGAAAGAAGAAUUUCCAGAAGCAACAAUAAUUCGUCCAUCCAUUAUAUAUGGAAUGCAAGACAGAUUUUUGACUUAUUAUAGUCACAAAUGGAAUCAAUUUAUGCUUAUUCCAGUACUAUGGAAAAAGGGCGAACAAACAGAAAAACAACCAGUUCAUGUAACCGAUGUAGCUGCUGGUAUAGUUGCUAUCAUAUUAGAUAAUAAUACUGCUGGAAAAACCUAUCAAUUUGUUGGACCUCGAAGAUACAAAUUAAGAAGUUUAGUUGAGUGGAUUCAGAAAUCAAUAACAAAAGAAUGGGAGAAAGAGGGUUCUCAAAUAUUAGAUUUAGAUAAAGCUUUACUCUUCCAGUUGAAAAUAUUUUUGAAUGAAGCCAUAGGCAAUACGCACAGAAUAAAUCAUUUACAUUGGGAAGGAAUAGAAAAAGACAGUACAAGUGAUGAAGUUUUAAAAGAUCUACCUACACUGGAGGAUCUGGGAAUUGAGUUUGCUGUCCUUGAAGAAUUAGGUGCAUGGGAUUUAAAAUUAUAUCACAGACACACUUAUUAUGAUAAAUCUUAUGAGGAAUAUAAAACAGUAUCACCUCCAGAAUGUAUACCACUUUAAUUAAUAUCAAUUUUCAGAAUAACAUCAUAGUUAUGAUAGAAAAUAACAACUUAUAAUGAACAUAUUGUAAAUUCAUUAUCUAAUAAAUUUCUGUAUCAUGUUCUAGUAAAUAAA